AUGGACGACCCUAUAGCCACCGAGCAGCUCCGAUACCUCAACGACUCGUUCAUCCGCGGCUCUUUGACCCGCCAAGAGUAUGACGAGCUGCUGCCAUUCCUGACAUCACCGACGUCCCAGACACCGCCACACGAGAGCCAAGCCCGCGAUACAAGAACAGCAGCAGUAACACCAUCAAGGCCCCAGCGCAGCGUCCACUUUGCUGACAGCGUGCCACCUCUAGAGACCAGUGAAGCUUCGUCGCAGUAUCAAAUCCUGGCUCCUGUGGCGGCUGCUUUCUCGGGACUGGAGCUGCGCUGUCCAGUAUGCGGCACCAGUAACGACACGACGUCCACCUCUCGCUGCUACGCGUGCGAGUCGCACCUUACCAUGAUCGAUGAGCAAAGAGCGAGGAGAAGCGUUGACACAGUGAGAGGAAGCUGGCCUACCGUGACGGCUGUAUCACCGUCAAGUGGCACGCUUUCGAUGUCUCGAGACGGGCGACUCGUGAUCUACGACGGCUACUUCUCGUGUGUUAUACUGGACACGGAGGUCGUUGCGACGGCGCAAGGAGGCACUUGUCAGGUCUUUGUCAUGUGCUGCACGUGGCAACCACGGGAACUGGAUGUAAGUCGCGGGUACCCAACACGUGCGAGUUGGUACGUCUCGCAACGCUUUAGCCACUUUGAGAAGCUGCACAAAGUGUUGAAGAGGAGGUUCGCACGCUUGACGACGGCGUCGAUGCCUCCGUUUCCAGCCAAGUAUCACCUGAUGGACCGACGAGAAAAGAGGAAGCAGGGCUUGGCAAUCUACAUGCCGCGGCUCCUGGAAAUGUGUGCUGGUUUACCCACCGCCCCACGGAUGCCGGAACUCGACGAGUUCCUGGACAUAGCGCGUCAGGUCCAGUUCUUCCGCUCGCAACGUCCGCAUAUUGCAAGUCGAGCGGCUUCAGCACCGGUACGAGAGGCAGACUCUAUAAGGCUGCCUUUGCAGUCGCCAGCUCCACCUAUGGAUGAGGUGGAACUCGCCCAAGCGGAAGGUGCUGUACGACUACUUGCUGAAGCGGUACGGAAUGCUCAAGGUGAUGUGCGUGGCGACCGCACCGUCCAGCAUCAUUUGGACGUGUGCAUACGGUUGGCUCCAAGCCUGCAGCGCUCUGCCAAAGUGGACAACCCGUUUACCAGUGCAGACCUCAUCCCUCGUGCCAUGCAGUGCCAAGAAGACUUGCAGCAGGCUGUCGCGAUGUACAAUGACGCUUUGCUGGCUGUUUCAAAUGCAGCUCCGAUCCAGCAGCCGCAAGCUCAGCCGGAACGAUACGUCCAAGCGCAGCCGAUAUUUGGUCGCAGCAUCGUACAUGCAAGUGCUGCCUAA